GGCACUGGAAGCACAGGGCCUUGGAAUUUGCAGAGAUCAGCCCUGGGACAGGAGAAGAUCAAGGCAGAGCCACAAGCAGAGCUGCCCAAAGCUCAGAGUGCCAUCAUGGAUGUGAAGAGAAAGAACAAGGAAGACAUGGGAAGAAUUCAAGAGGAGAAUCUCCAUCAGUACAGGAGCCAUCAACAAAACCAGGUGCGAGUGUUGACAUCUCACCGGGCAGCCUGCGAAGAAUUCCAGCCAAUGUCUGGCAAUGAAGGACCCCAAGUUUGGAGUGAGGCACAGGAACAGUGCCCACCAGAAGUGCUCCAGGUCCAGCACAUCAUGGGCUCUGAUCCUGCUGCCGCAGCAGCAUCAUCCCAAGGAAGCCUUUCUGUUGAACCUCGGAGCUCAAGCUCGGGCAGUUACUUCAUCUCCCUGAAAGAGGAGACUGAGGAGAAGCACCUGGAGAUGCUGGAGAGAAUGGUGAACCAGGAAAAUCCCAUUGUGAUAUACACCGAAAUGGAACACAUUGGCAGCGGGGGUUUUGGACAAGUGGUCAGAGCACUCAACAAUGCCACAGGAGGAGAGGUGGCCAUAAAGAAAAUACAUCUUCAAGGACUGAGAACGAAGGAACUAACUGUUAAUGAAAUCAUGAUCAUGAAGAAGUGUAGGAGUCCCAGUGUUGUGAAUUAUUUAGACAG